AUGGCAUCAAGUGACUCCCAAUUUGUUCUCAUCGACGGAAUUCCCAAUCACAUUGCCGAGAUCAUAUUACAGAAACUAUGGACAGUCGAUCGAAUUCGCGUGAGAACUGUUUCAAAGGCAUGGAAUGCUACUCUGCGCCAAUUACCGCCGUCGGAGCCGCCAUGGAAGAUCCUGUCGAACAGCUUCGAUCAAGAAACCAAUUCCAAGAAAAUUAACCUUUUAAGCCCAAGCAAGAAACAAUACACUUUCAAGUACCCCAACAAUGGGCAAUGCUGCUGCGGAUCUUCCCGGGGAUGGCUGUUCAUCGGCGGCGGCGGCGAUAUGGUCGCGGAAAUUGGGAAGAUUCUGCUAUGGAAUCCGCUGUCCGGAGAGAUUAGGAAUCUUCCUCCCCUGUCAUCAUUGCAAUUUUUCAAGAACGCUGUCAAUGCCUGCUUAGGGUUAGGGCUCAACUUCUUAUCUUGUUACGUUACGAGAGUUCAUGUCUUCUCCACCAAUUCCGGCGAGCUCGCGGCGGCGAUGAUUUUCGGUUUUCAGGACUCAGGUGCCCAACGGAGGUUGAUCAUCUGCACGCCAGACGAUCCGCAGUGGACGGCCGUGGAUAUGAAGAUCGGCAAUGAGAACCCGAUGGAUGUCCUGUUUCAUAGAGGCAAGCUGAUAUUCUUCUGUAAUGAUCUGCGGAAUUCAACUUCUGUUUCCAAUGGAGUUAUCGGAUAUGGCCGCCGCACUGUUAGCCUAAUCAACGGCGGCGAGGUGGACAUGGAGAUUGUAACCAUGGUGUACUCAGGAGCACGUGAGGGCGAAAUUCCACCCCCUCCUCCGCCUGGCUUCUCUCUGCACAGAGGAGUUUUUAGAGAGGAUUUUUUGGUGGCGGCGGCGUCCGGCGAGAUGCUGCUGGUGAGCGCUACGGUGGAUCGACAAGCAGAUAUAAAUGAUCAAUCACUGUCGUACAAGUUGACGAAAAUCGGAGGUGUUGAGGUGCACCAGAUUAAUCUUUGCCGCGGCAGCUUGCCGGCGAAGCUUAGGAGCAUCGGGCGGCAGGCGGUGUUCGUUGGCGGAGGUUGCGAUGCGGUAUCGACGUCAGUGAAUGGUAUUGAUAACGGUGAAGCUUUGAAUGAUUUCAUAUAUUUCACGGAGAACGGUAUGUUGGUGAUUUCGACCGGCGCCCGCGGCAAUGGCAUCAUCCAGCGUAUCUACACGGUUCAGCAAAGAGGCAAAUUCAAUGUACAAAACGGCGUCGUUUACACAGAUUUCAUAUCGUACUUUCGGACUAAGUCCAAACUUCUUGGGUGGUUUGUGCCCAAAAUAUAG